AUGGCGUUUGCUGGGACAAAUAUCAGUUUGUUCCAACCGGAUAUCACCCAAAAACUAACGGAGCGCAUAGAUGACCUGAAGCACAAAAUCGCUGCUUGGGGGAAGCGGAUUCGACGAUUUAGCGAGAGGUCAAGGCGGUUCAACCAGAAUCAUCUCUUCCAGAGUGAUCAGAAGAGGCUCUAUAAAUCAUUGGAGAGACCAGAUGUAUGUGGAGCGGGCCCAGGACUGGAUCAGGCCGACACUGUCGCAUUUUAUCGUGGCCUGUGGUCAGAGCCCGUAAACCACAGCGAGGGGUCUUGGAUGGAAGUUGUGGCGAGCCAGAGUGCAAGUGUUACGCCUAUGGACCCCGUCACCAUAUCGCCUGAAGACGUGGCUGAGGCCUCUCCACUACUGGGAUCACUCAUUUGGUUCCUAAAGAUCAGGAUACCACAGACCCGAGCAAAUACCGCCCCAUCACGUGUCUACCCACCAUAUAUAAGACACUGA